AUGUGGCUGGAAUCGUUGAUAUUUCAGCUGCUGCGAUGCUCAGGAUGCGUCUUCCUAGCACUGAUCGUCUCCGGAGGCGCUGCACGGCGGCAUUGGAGGGGAUACGCAUCGCUUGACCAUGCUGACCAUAGUUCGCACAAUCAUAUCGCAACCCAGGUCGCCUUGAAGCUGCCUGUAUCACAUGCAAUCGAGCGUGUGUCGAAAACGCCGUCGCUGCGCUCCCAUGUUACGGCUUCACAUGCUCAACAGGAUGGAACACAGUCAGACGCAUCGGCGUUUGUCAGGCCUCCUUAUCAGCAAACGGCGGAUGCAACACAUAAAGAUGGAUUUAGCACUACUGGAAGAUUCUUCCGUGGAGGAACCCGCAGCCUCAGGCGGCUGUCCGCUAAAGGUCGGGGGAUCCUGUCGGUGGAGUCGAAGACAAGCGGCGCUGUUGUCAAGCAAUAUGGCGCCGUGUUUGGGCCGCAAGAAGCGGAUUCAGAUUCUCCUCCUCUGAUAGAUCCAGGCGAUUCCACUCCGGAUACUAUGUUCAGCGACCUCACCCAGUUCAUGCAGGACCCGCGCAGCAAGAAUGCCAUAAUGUGGCGAUAUCCGUUUCUGCGCACCUUCCCGCAACGCGCUGCGCUGCGCACUCUCACCGAUUUUAUGCCCGCUAGCAGGGCUAGAGAGUGCCUAAACGUCACCGACGGUUCAAAUGUUGACGAUCUGGUCGAUCCCACAUGCCAGGGGUAUUACUGCAAGAGGCACAUUAAGGCAUUCUUCAGAUACCAACCAGAGUUCAAUUAUGUGCGCAAUGGGACUGAGAUAUCUCCGCGCACACCCGAACCGCCAAAACUCCAGUUACCCCCGGAUAUGCCCCCAACGGAAGGAAGCAAGGAGCGCCCUUCCGUGCCAUUGGGUUGGCGCACGUUUGCCGCGCUUGGCUUGUAUCACACUGCCACUGGUAUCAGUGACCCGGCAGUCCUUUGGUCAGGCUACCGAUUGACGGACGGCGAUCCCAUGGGCCGGCUCGCCAGCGGGCUGUACAACUCUCCGCUGACGCUGCGCAUGCUCUCCGGGAGGGACGCCGUGAUGCCCAACAACACCAUGUUGCAUUCAAAGCACCCUAUUGAGCAAGGCGAACAUUUCCGUGGGAAGAAAGGCGACAUGUCACAUUUGGGGCCGAGGUCACCUCGCCAGCACGAAACCAUCAAUGAGGACUUGUAUCGGCAUCACUUUGCAGAAGAUGGCGUGUGGCCUUACAAACAUUUCGAAACCGUUGUGAGCGAGAUGGUGAUGUCUCAAGCGUUGUGGGCUCGACUCUCCACGACCAUGUUGCGGUCCACGGCUAAGGUGCUGAGGAUGUACAAGUUGCGGGUGCGUAAAAACUUCAAGCAGGAAGUUUUCUCGGCACGCCGGUCAACCAUCUUGGUGCGCCCAAAGCCCCCUGAGGAGGAGCCCGUUGAGACAUCUGUGGGUGUUUUGUUCUUCCUCACGGCACCGACGUUACACCAUGCAGUGGACCUCGCGUGCUCGGACCCCAUGGCCAGGUGCAACCUGUACCAGCAGCUGUUGCUGUUCGAAGUGGACGACGUGCUGAAGUACCAGAUAUUCAAGAAGCGCGAUCCCAACCGGGAGAACCCGCGGCAGUACCUUGUCUUGGGUUCCUACGAAAACCGUGAUGACCACGAGCUGCUCCGAGACAAGAUGAUGCGCUUCAUCGUGCGGUCAAACUGCGUCAACACGCACGUUAUGUUGCAUGCCCCCAGGAAGGACGCGAUGGUCGACCUGAGCAUGCCGCUGCAGCAGUUUUUGCCCAUAACCACCCAGCAACGUGACAGGCUGCUGGACCGGUUGAACAAUGUGAGGGACGCAUGCAACACUAAGAACAAGUCGUUGCCUAUCGGUGACCUCAGCAUCAUUAACCAGUUCGACUCUGACGAUGCGUUCGACUGGGCGAGGCGUUCGCCGUACACGCGCGCCGGCUGCUACGAAAGCCUCUUCGUGGCGAAGGCGUACGAGGUAGGCUUCUACGGCCGUAACUGUAACUACGUGGCGCCGCUGCCCAUGGAGACAUCUUUGAUGCCAGUGAAGCAGGAAUACGCCAUUGUUGAGCGGGAUCCCGUGGAUGUUUUGCGCAAACGCAUGUCGGAUGGUUGGGGCCAUGUGUUGGCCCUGCCAAAGGUUAUACCUCGAUCGUCAAAACUCUAUCGUGAACUGGCCGCGGGCGAAUCCGUCGGCGUGGAAAAUGUUAGUGAUGAGAGUUCCGGGAAUCAAGAGGAUGAUGCUACUGAUCCGACCUCACCAAAGACAGGGGAGACUGAAACCGACCAUGCACAGACGUCUUGGCCGGGUCGGCUGCGGAUUACCAUAAGGCGGACAGUAUCUGAAUCUUUCAAGGCGUCCAACGUCUCGUCUAAGCAUAUCGCCGCAACCAGACCCACGUUUGAGGAUCAGGUUAAACUCGGGGCUGUACCGUUUGAGCGUGAUGGUACACUUGCUGUUGACAUGCCCUCACCCCGAGUGAAAGUUACUGACGAAGAUGCCCCAACUCACCAGCGCAUAAAUGGAUCUAUGGUAUCUGGGAUGGGCGCCAUUACUCAAGGCCGUAUGUAUGUUGUUGGCCGGCCCGAUAAAUCAGAAGUGCCUGGGUCCGCCCAGACGCUGCCAGGUGUGGUGCUAUCAACUGAUGCAAUCAACAGGUUGCUGUCCGAGAAUGCUCCCGUAGAACUAGACACGCCGUUCUUCGCCGACCUGCUUAAGGACUACGUGUACGUCUCCCUGCCAGCUGGCGACUUUUUCGAAUGCCCGCCUGGUGACGACAACGUAAAGUACGACCAGAGGGGGGAGGACAGCAAGAUCCAAACGGGCGUUGGGGCGGAAGACACGAACAGGCUACCGAAGAACAGGCCCGAGGCCGUCGCCGGAUUUUGGAUAAAGAAAAGCGAGUGCUACCUCAUGUACAAAAACGAAGAGGAGCGAUUCAUGCUCCUGGGGAAGGCGCCAAGCAGGCUGGACCGGCGGCGCACCCUCAGUGACGACAUGAUAAAGCGCGGUCUCAUCAGGAACGAGGUUAUAUUGGACUACGUCAGGAAGGGAGCUGCACUCACUUGGCCCGAUCUCAGCAAGGCAUACACGAGGCGGGAAGGCAAGCUCAUAAGUCACCUGACGCCGAUGGAGGAGAUGAAAACCAUGUGGACCGUCGACCCUCUCAACAAACCGUAUGCACGCUAUUCGGUUGAGGACGAGGUGCCUGCUGCGCGAUUCUACGUAAAGCCGGUGGAGUACUCGCCUGACGAUCCCAGGCACCGCAUGCGCCACUACCCACAAGAACUUUAUAAGAUGGCAUUCGAGUUCAUGCAGAAAGUCGACCGCGGGGAGGCGCGGCCCGAAGACGACCCGCUGAAGGCUCUUGUGGAAGCGGAAUAUGUGCUCCCCAAGGAUAACAACGACAGCAUUUGCACGUGGGAGGAGUCCGAGCUCGAAGCGGCGAAAGAAUCCUCAGUAGAGAAGACAUCUACUUCGUGA